AUGGAUUAUAAUCCAUAUUCAAAUUAUGUUGAUCUUCUUAAUAGUCAAAAUGAAAAUGUCAUUUCUCUAGACUCUCCGCCAGCUCCUGUAUUUCGCAGAGAAGGCACUCAAGAUUCCAGCUUCGGUGACUCUUCUCCACAGCGUAGAGAAAGAAGGACGUGGUCCCCUUCGGAUGAUAUAGUUCUCAUCAGCUCGUGGUUAAACACGAGCAAAGAUCCCGUUGUAGGGAAUGAGCAAAAGUCAGGUCAUUUUUGGAACAGAGUUGCAGCCUACUUUUGCGCCAGUCCGAAGCUUGCAGGCUGUGAAAAAAGAGAGCCAAUGCACUGCAAGCAACGGUGGCACAAGAUCAACGAUCUUGUUUGCAAGUUCUGUGGUGCAUAUGAAUCUGCAGCCAGGGAGAAAACAAGCGGGCACAAUGAUAAUGAUAUCCUGAAGAGGAAGUUAGAUGAUGGUGCACAAUCAUCUACAUCUCACGAUACUGUGAACAAGACUGGUGAAGCAGAUGAGGGAACUGUUCGGCCCCCGGGUGUUAAGGCAGCCAAGAGGCUCGGUAAGAAGACAAUGAAAGAGGAGAAAGGGCUGUCGGAGUUUAAGGAGAUAUGGUCUAUUAAAGAAGAGGAUUUGACUAGGAAAGAAAGGAUCGUGAAGAUGGGUCUACUUGACCGUCUACUUGCAAAACCAGAACCACUCCCCGAAUAUGAAGAGUCUCUAAAGAAGAAGCUCAUUAGCGAGCUGUUUUAG